UGACAAGUGAUUGACUCCAAGCAUUCGUUUGUAAUGAUCUUUGCACGCUGAAACCGGGAUAACAGGAUAUGCAGAGAUUUUGGGCACCUGGGAGAGAACCUGUUUGUUUGGAGAAAUAUGGAUGCAUAUGUACUGGCUAGGUAUCAAAACUUAUCACUUUUUCAGGAUAACUGAAGAGAUGAUUUUACCUCAUGAGACCUUUUUGAAAUGGUCUCUGCAAAAACAUGACCUUUUUAUGUUUUUAAUUUCUGUAGUAUUCGUAAAGUCAGAUUCAGGAAAAAGUAAAUGAAUUGGGAGAAAACAGACCAAAGCCAGUCUUCAUGGCUAUGCCAUUCUGAAAUUUUAAUCAUUUUGCUCAAGCUGUGGACGCUAAACACUGCAGUUUUGAAACACUGUGCAGAAACAACAAAAGCUGCCAUAGUGUAUUCUUUGUUUAUCUACAGUGUGCCUAGGUUUGGAUUUUGGACAAUCGAAAGCUCACGGGGGGGUCCAGGUAACAGCGGUGAGGUCCUCUCCACAAACGCCACAUUAAAAACCUAGCAUAUAUAUUUGUAUCCAGACAAGGAAUGUGCUGAAUCCAGUGUAACUUUCAGCCCUCCUGUAUUUCUGGGAUGUUGAAACAGUUACCUGAAGGUAUGACUAAAAAAAAUGAUUGCCUUUAAACUAUAGUAGCUAAUUUUUCCCUGUGCUUGCAGAGAAUUCAUCAAAAUUAGGUUUAAAAAUUUUUACUUUCGCCUAAUUUUCUGGUUUUAUUUAUUUGAAAAGGUGUAAAUCAAAUACGUACACUAAUAUUGGUUGCUGAUAAUCUUGUGUGGCAAGCGCAUAGGAAACUAUUAUGCCUGAUAUCGCUAAUUGAGAUGAUCUUGACCACAAAUCCGUUACUCUUUGCCCUUGCGAGGACCGUGAAGAAAAUCAGCAGACAUUGAUGUUGCAGCUUGUCGGGGGAACUCUGAGAGCUGUGGUAAAUGCUUCCAGUAAUAAGCACUGAGAUGAUGCUCUUUUUUAAUGCCUACCAUCUUCAAUGCCAGUAGUCUUUUGUUUGUAAAUGACAGUUUCUGAACCUUUUUCAAGCAUGACUGACUGGGGAAGAAAUGUGGGCAUUUUUUUCUCCUCUUUUGCUGGAUAUCUUGAUUUUUGCCAGUUCUCAUUUCUUUGAUACCCAGCUAUGUGAGAAGCAGAGGUGAGAUGAAAAACGAAAUUAGAUAGAGUUGUGUUUGCUGAAGGACAUUACAGAUAAAGGGCAAACGGAGUUUUGGGUGCAGUCCAUCUGCAUUGAGUGAAGAACCAAGGAACUUGACUUGACUGCACUAGGACAAUGAACCAGUCAGGACUGAUUGAGCCUGUCCUGACUGAAAACAGUAGUUUUGGAAGUAGCGUGAGUGUGUCCCUGAACCACUCAUGUCCUCUGGGGUGGGGACAGAACGAGGGCAUGGCGACUUGCGUCUUAGAGACAGCUCUCAUUGUGCUUCUGACUGUGCUCAUUAUCGCUGGGAAUUUGACAGUCAUCUUUGUGUUUCAUUGUGCCCCUUUGCUGCACCACUACACCACCAGCUACUUUAUCCAGACUAUGGCCUACGCAGACCUUCUGGUGGGGUUGAGUUGCCUGGUGCCCACUUUCUCUUUGCUGCACUACCCAGCUGGUGUCCAAGAACCCCUCACGUGUCAGGUGUUCAGCUACGUCAUCUCAGUGUUAAAGAGUGUUUCCAUGGCUUGCCUGGCCUGCAUAAGCGUAGAUCGCUACCUGGCCAUUACUAAGCCCCUCUCAUACAACCAGCUGGUGACACCAUGCCGUUUGCGCUGCUGCAUCAUCUUGAUCUGGAUCUACUCUUGCAUUGUGUUCCUGCCAUCCUUCUUUGGUUGGGGGAAGCCAGGAUACCAUGGGGACAUCUUUGAGUGGUGUGCUCAUUUUUGGCCGACCUCUGCUCUGUUUACUGGCUUUGUUGUUUGCCUGCUGUAUGCUCCAGCAGCCCUUGUGGUUUGCUUCACCUAUUUUCACAUCUUCCGCAUCUGUCAGCAGCAUAAUCGGGAGAUCAGUGAGCGAAGGGCUCGUUUUCCCAGCCAGGAGAUGGAGGCUGGCGAGGGGGGGCACCAUACAGGUCAUGGCCCUGACAGGCGCUAUGCCAUGGUGCUCUUUCGCAUCACAAGCGUCUUCUACAUGCUCUGGCUUCCCUACAUCAUUUACUUUCUUCUGGAGAGCUCCCACAUCUUGGACAGCCCUGCACUAUCUUUCAUCACCACCUGGUUAGCGAUCAGCAAUAGCUUCUGUAACUGCGUCAUCUACAGUCUGUCCAACAGUGUGUUCCGGCUCGGCAUGCGUAGGCUCUCGCAGACGCUCUGUUCCUCCUGCUCUUUCAGCCCUUGUGCCCAUGAUGACAAGGACUUCAGAGAGCCAAAGCCUAGGAAGAGAGCCAACUCGUGUUCAAUCUGAAGAAGUUGUCAUGAGCUGCUAAUUACUAUAUUACUAUCAAGGGAUGAUUUCAAGGGAAGAAAUUGUAUGACUUGGACGUUUUUGGAUUUGUGCAAUUAAUAUAAUGACUUAAGGAUGAGUUUAUCAUUACUGGAAGGUUCACCUUUUUGGGUUACACCAGAUCUCAUCUAGAUCCCACACAGGUUGACUACCAGUCUUGUAAAUAAUAAAGCGGCAUUUGCCUUGAUAGUGUAUAUAUCACCAAAUGGCUGGUGGGUAUAUAACCUGGUUGGACGUUUUUUUAGCAAAAUAUGCAAAGCCAGACGUAAAACGGCACCACACCACCAUCACCACAAAAAACAAAACAAAAAAAAACA